CCGCCUUUCAUCACUUCACGGGCGUCGGCUUCCGACGUGUCAGCUAUUCCAAACAUGUCCACUGUACAGAACUCGUCCGCUAUAUCCCUUGAUGCAUCUGUCGACGCGCCUCACGACCCAUCCGAGCCCCUAGACGAUGCGCCAACAAGCAGGCCCAUACGCAAGAAGCGCAAGGUCGCAGGGGAGAAGGUCGCGACCGCCAACCAGCAAUUUACCAAGCCGUCGAGGACUAGAAAGAAAGGGAAGCUUGCGGCGCUGCCCGAGAUGCCGCUCGACGUCCUGUACGAGAUAUUCAGCAACAUGCACCCCCUCGACCUACUACACGUAUCGCAGACGACGAAGAUGCUCCGCGGCGUGCUCAUGAGCCGGUCAUCCGCUUGGAUCUGGAAGGAGAGCUACGCCCGUGCGACUCCCGCCUUGCCCCCCGUUCCCGCGGAUCUGAAUAUACCGCAAUUCGUGAGACUAGCGUACGAUAGAACAUGCCAUUACUGCGGUGCUUCCGGCGCCAGGGUAGUCGUCUGGGCGAUCCGCGCGCGGACGUGCAAGAAGUGUUUAGUCAAAGAUAACCUAUUCAUUGAGGAAGUCGCUACCUGGCGUCGCUUUCCGAGCUUCAAGAGCUGGAACUACCAAAUCGGCCAAUUCAUCCCUCGCGUCAAGACAGGGUUGACGCGACGAUCUCGAUACCGUUACCCGAAAGCCUCCAUCGACGCAUUUGCCGCCGCGUUCGCGGCUGAUGGGGUGGAGGAGAUGGACGAAGACCAGGAGAGAGCGUGGUUGGAGCCGAGGGCAAAGCAGUUUGCGGCGAUUGAUCAGCAUGCGUCAAUUUGCGAAGAAUGGGACGAAGAGCGCCAAAUAGACCGAUCCUGGGAGCUACAGGCCAUACGUAACGAGAGAAAAAAGAAUAUUUUCCAACGAUUAACCGAGCUGGGAUGGGCAGAAGAAAUUGAGAAGUCGGGGUACAAGCUCUGCGCGCACAAGCUUGUCCAUAAGGCGCAGCCUCUGUCAGAGAAGGUCUGGAACAACGUGAAAGACACGCUCCUUGUGCACAUCGCCGAACUACGGACCGAGCGCAUUGCUGAGGAGAAAGAGGACGCUAUACUCGAUCGAUGCCGAGGGCUGGCGAAAGCCUACGACGAAUUCCUACGCACCAAGCCAUUCACUGCCAUCCUCCCCACCGUGGGGGAUAUCUACGCCCUUCACGAGUUUGCGGAAUUGAUUGAUGAGACGCACUACGAAGAGGAAAUUCCACAGGCCACGUAUCGCGCGCUCCUCGACGCGCUUCCCAAUUCUUACUUCGAGACCUGGCGCGAGAACUGCGAUGCCGCCCUCGUGAACGUGCUCAACUCCAUCCCACGCGAAGGCGCGCCCGCUACGAGGGCCGACCUGCGGCUCGCGACCACCGCCUUUGUCACCCCCGACGGAUACUUCUCCCCUCUGACGCAGGGCUACCCGCAUAUCCUCGCGUCGGACAGGUUAACCGAUGGCCGUUUAUUCGGCGACCGUCGCCAAAUGGCGCUGAGGCAGCGCCCGUGGACAGCCACCGGGAUUCGAGUGGCGGUCAGGUAUCGCGCGCGGGCGGAGGCCGUCAUCGCCCUUGCGGGCCUGGACCCGAAGACGGCGACGGGAGACGAGAUGGACGCGCUUGACCCGUGGUUUUUGUGGCCGGCCGAUCGGCGCGACUAUCCAUUAUGCCCCAGCCAGCCGCGGGCUGUCAACUGGCGCGGCGCUUGCUCCUGCAAUGAGGAAACCGAGAAUGCCACCAUCCCUGCCUUCGAGCUUUUGGGCAGCGAGGACACCGAGCGCGUGCGCGCGCGCUUUUUGCUGUCGAUCGACCAAUGGGCGCGAAGCAUACAGUGCGCGCAUUGCGAGCUGCGUAUGCUUGGGAUGAACCAGUGCAAGGAACACCUCAAGGAAGUGCAUUCGAUCUAUCAAAUAACGCAAGCGGACUACAUCAAAGGUCCCUCCGAGCCUGUGAGCACUGCUUCAUUUGCAUGGCCCUUGAAGGACGAGGACGACAGAGAGGAUGAUUUCCUCGAUGAGUAUGAUUGGUAAUGAUAAUUAGUGUACAACAAUCAAAUAGAAAUAAAUCAUGGACAGCUUUCCCCGUC